GCAAGUAGAUGGGCGGCGUUUGGCUCAACGCAAAUUAAUCAUCAAACCAAAUUUGUUUUCCUUCUUCAACCCAAUUUCCUACACUUUCCCUUUUAAGAUUCUAAGAUCCGGAACUCACUUCCAAUUCGGGUUCUACUGAAUGAAAUGUUGCCGUUGAGGAAAAGCAGGUGAUUCUUAGAUUUUGAAGUACUCCAAUUUAUUUAACUUCCAGUGCUUGCAUUCGUUGUAAUUCUAAUCUAAUUUGUAAUACUAGUAGUAUUCUGUAUAUUUUGCAAGUAGAUUUUGCUUUAUGUCAUUUUUCUGUACAAGACAACAAAGAAAGCUAGAAUUUUACUAGAAAGUAGAAAUUGCUUGAGUUUUUUCUUGUCUGAGGGAGUAUAUUUCACUAUUGUUGUUGUUCUUGGAAAUGGAUAUGCACCGAGAUAAUGGAUUUUCUAAUGGGAAUGUGGUGCAAAUUAUUUCUGGGAGCUCUGGGAAUGGUGGUAGUGAGAACUGGGGGCCGGGGUCAUCUGAUCAGGCGAUUUGGGCUACCGAGGAUGACUAUGGAAUGUGGAGUGGCGACACUAAUUCAAACCCGAAUUAUGAGGGAAUGCCAUCACAGGCCCGGUCAGGAAGCGAGCCUCCAAGUAAAAGAUCCAAGUCAGGGGAUUUGAUGUCUUCCAACAGAUCAAAGGCGAUCGGGAAGAUGUUUUACAAGACCAAACUGUGCUGCAAAUUCCGAGCUGGCACUUGCCCGUAUGUCACCAACUGUAACUUUGCACACAACAUAGAGGAACUCAGGAAACCGCCCCCUAACUGGCAGGAAAUCGUGGCUGCACAUGAGGAAGACCGGCCAGCGUCGUCUGAGCCAAGGGAGGAAUUCCAGAUACCGAUUGUGGGAGCCACUGAGGAGACGCAGAGGUCAAACAAAGGGCGGCACUGCAAGAAGUUCUAUACUGAGGAAGGCUGCCCUUAUGGUGAGAACUGCACUUUCCUUCACGAUGAGCAGUCAAAAACCCGAGAAAGUUUUGCCAUAAGCUUAGGCCCUGGCAGCGGCGCUAGUGGAUAUGGGAAUAACGCGAAUUCAGUAGCCUUGAAGCCAUCAAAUUGGAAAACAAGGAUUUGUAAUAAGUGGGAGCUUACCGGGUAUUGCCCGUUUGGCAGCAAGUGCCAUUUCGCCCAUGGAGCAGCAGAACUGCAUAAUCACGGCGGAUUGGACUCAGAAGUUAAAGAUGCUUCCACUCAAGGGGAAGUAGCUACUAAAACUUCAGUGGAUUCUGUUCUUGCAUCUGUCACCUCCGUUCCUUAUUCCAAUGCCUACCACCUUGGAGUCCCGGCACAAAGGCUGCCGAAUGUGGUUCAGAAGACUGGUGGACACAGACCGACACAGAAAUGGAAGGGGCCGGACAAAAUUAGCAAGAUAUAUGGUGACUGGAUCGACGACCUCUAGUAGACUUUGGUGCAGGUUUAGGUAGCUGAUGAUGGACAUAACUUCUCUAUGAGAAAUUUUCAAAGUUUAGGGGGAAAAUUUUACAAAAUCUCAAAGUUGGGGGAAAAUUCUAGAAAACAACGAAAGUUCGUCUAUUUUUAUGCUUCAAUACUCGUCGCUUUUUGCCACGUUAGCACAUCCAAUGUACUUAAAUUAUUAUUUUA